UGAUUACUUAGUGCUCUGGCUUGAUUGUGAUAAAGAAGGAGAAAACAUUUGUUUUGAAGUAAUCCUCUUGUUGAACACUCAAUGAACAGACCAUCAUACAGAGAACAGACCGUAUUCAGAGCAAAGUUCUCAGCCAUCACAGAGAGAGACAUAAAAGCUGCCAUGAAUACUUUAGUUGAGCCUAAUGAAAAUGAAUCAAGGUCUGUAGAUGCUAGGCAGGAGCUAGAUCUUCGCAUUGGAUGUGCUUUCACAAGAUACCAGACAAAGUUUUUCCAGGGAAAAUAUGGCAACUUGGAUUCCACUCUCAUCUCUUUUGGCCCUUGUCAGACUCCUACAUUAGGAUUUUGUGUGGAGCGUCAUGAUUUUAUUCAAUCAUUUAAACCUGAAACAUACUGGGUUUUACAGGUAAGAGACUCUUCAGUUAUUGUUAUGAUAAUCUUCCUCAUCAUUGCACUGAAUUUGAUAAGUUGCAAAUGAAUACUAUUACAGGCA